AUGGCUUCAAAUACCUACAGGGCUGUCCGAGCCAAACAAACACCAACUACAAUCACGGUGUACCAAGCCUAUUCCCCCGAGAUAGCUGAGCCAGCAAUCAAAGCCCAAACAUUCGUCGCUCCAUUUUCACGGGAGAGGAUGACAUGGAUCAAACCUUCUUUCCUAUGGAUGGCCUACCGAUCAGGCUGGGCAACAAAGACCCGACAGGAGCGUGUCCUGGCUAUAGAGAUUACCCGCGAGGGACUCGAAUGGGCAUUGCGCCAUUCCUGUUUGAGUCACUAUACGCCUGGUGAGGAGAAAAGCCAGGAGGAGUGGCAGAAGAAACUGCGCGCCAGUCCAGUCCGCAUUCAGUGGGAUCCGGAGCGGGAUCUUGCAUUUCGGUCAUUAGAUUAUCGCAGUAUUCAGAUUGGGUUGAGUGGAGAGGCUGUGGGGAGAUAUAUUGAUCAGUGGAUUGUUUCGAUUACUGAUGUGACUGCCAUAAUGAGGCAGAUCGAUGGAUAUAUCAAGAACGGGGACAUCGAUGCUGCCAGGGACUGCUUGCCGGAAGAGACUCUGUGUGUUUUACCUGAAGAUUUGCAGAAGGAUCUGAAGAUGGGAUAG